AUGGUUGCGCUGAUCGACAGGUUUAUGCAACACAAUCCCUCUGGCUUGAUGCCGGCUCUCCGCGACGGUCCUGAUUGGAUUCAAGAUUCGGACAAAAUCAUUGUGCAUGUGGAGAAGAAGUUCAAGGAGCCGUCUCUGAAAACUCCAGACGAAUUCAAAGUCGAUGGCCCUUACAUCGCUGGAAAAAAUCCCACUGAUUCCGACUUUGCUCUGGCUCCAAAGCUCCGUCAUGCUAGAAUGGCUCUCGAGCACUUCAUGGACUUCGUCUUCCCCAGUAACCUCCAGCACGUUGCAAAGUACAUGGUAAGCUUUCCGCCAAGCACUCGCUCUUCUUUUCUCACUUUCCUUUUUCUUUUUCAUUUAGCUCACGACGAGAUGAUCAUCGCAGGGUGGCAGACCAAGUUCGGACAAGAUUGA